AUCACACAAAGACACGUCGAUAGYCAGCGCAUUCUAGAAGUUCGACCACUUUGCAGCUUGCAUAAUUGGUUCUAUCUCAUCAUGGUCAGGUCGUUAGGAUACAGUUUUGAUUAUUUCAUUGAUAGCUCAAAACAGCUGGCAACAAAGCGCAUUGGUCACAAAAAAUUCUGGAAUGUUGUAGGCCAUGUGAUUGGUUCCUGGAUGGCAGCAUGGUCAGUACUUUUCCUGGGAAGCAAGUGCCUUCCAUUUUACUUUGAGUUAAUGCUCAUCACUAUUAAACUUUUAAUAUGUAUCAUCCAAGAGCCUCCAGCUGGGUUUGCAUACUCUCUGCUGUACUGUCUACUUGGUUAUCAUGCUGUACUGGUCCAACAUGGUUCAACGGUUUUCCAAGGUCUACUUAUCCUAUCACUUGGAUUUGGUUUCAACUUGAUCGGCCAUUUAAUAUUUGAGGAUGUUCAAUCACUGGAAAGAUACAAAAAGGGAGAUGAUCCACUGUUCCAGUUGUGUGACUUUAUCAAUGAGAUAUUUUUUCAAGAGUUUCACUUUAGUUUGCUGUUCAUCCUAAGAAUGGGAUUGCUACCAGUAUUGGAGUGGAGGUCAGAUGUCGACCUUAGGAAAGCAUUAGAUAAGAUCACCUUGAUUAGAAAAGGACACAGGGGACCUUGACCCCUCCCAUAACUACUCCACAGGACUUAUAAGGCAGAGAUUUUGUAUUGGCAAAUUGUUUUGAUUCAGAUACAGCUUUAGUCAAUCUCGUACCCAGAGCCAGCAGAAAUUUGGUCAGUGACAAAGAACUUGGGGCCAACAUUUUCUGUUGAGCUUGCACAGUAAGAGGGACAGGGGGRCUGUGUACGAGAUUGAGCUUCAGUGUGGGGUGACCUACGUAGCACGCAGUUGAUGUAAUGUAUUCAUAAAAUGUAUUGUAUUCCAUUGUUUCUCGUUCUAUUGUAUUAUGUGUUUUGUAUUAUAUCUUUAUGAAUAUAUUACAUCAAUGAGUGCUACGUAGAUUCUCCCGAGCUUCUGUCUGCAUAUUCCAUCAUUUGUGCUCGAUAUCGAAACAUUCUCUACACAUCGAUUACUGUAUGCACAAACAAAAAUCCUGGACUUGUGCGGACRAGGCCUAAAUAUUACUAGCAUGCAAAAAGAACAUUGUUUGACAAAAAAAACAAACAUGUUGUCUUGAAGCUUACUUUAUUCAUUGUUUUAGAGGCACAACUACAUCUGUAACUGCUAAAGCAUAACUUGCAGAAUUUCUUCAUAAGAAAACUAUGUAAAAAAAGUAUAACACUACGGUAUUGAUUAGUACGCAUCAGAGAUCAAUCACACCUUAACAUAACCUCCAAGAACUUGUGUCAAUCACGUGUAUAAAUUAUGGGAACUUAGUAAAUGCCAUAUUUACUGUUCAUCAAAGCAAAAUAAUUCUAAGGAUAAUUAGACAAACCAAAGUGCUCUUUUGUUUUUAGAAAUGAAUGUAAUGUAUAUGAAAUAAUGGAUAAAAGCUAGUAUAAAUCUA